AUGUUUCCUUCCAAGCAAGUUAAUCUUGUAACACUUGCAAAUGAUAAUCAUCCUUCUGAGCUUGUAACACCUGAUCCGUCUAAUAUUGUGGUUCAUCAGGACAAUGCAACCGAAAUUGAAGGUGGGUCUAGGCUUAAUUUUGGGGACUUGGAUAAUCUUUAUGUCGAUUUUUCUUCUCCCCCUUAUCGAGACAUGAUAAAAAGUACAAAUGAUUAUGUGUUUGCUAGCAAAUCGAGAAAAAUGGAUGAGAAAGAACUUGAUGUCGUAAGAUUUAGAAGUGAAACACAUGAGGAGAAUGACAAUAUUUUGUCAACUAAUGCAAGAAUUCGGUUAGCAUGCGAGUGGUUUAUUGAAUCUUAUUCUUCAAAAGUUGAUGAAAUCUCUGACUCGUCCCAUCCGUUUGCUGUUUCAUCAUGCGGGCUGCCUGAUGAUGAGGCUAAAGACAUUCAACUCUUACUUACUCUUCUAGCUUCAGCUGAGAAAACCAGUCAACGACAGUUUGACCGUGCAAGCAAACUUAUUGAAAUAUGCUACGCCAUGUCUUCUGACGAUGGAAAUCCUGUUGAAAGAUUGGUUUACUAUUUUUCUGAAGCUAUCCGUGAGAAAAUAAACCGUGAAACUGGGAAAGUGGCGCAGUACUGGUUCGAAAGUAUGCAUGUAGUUGAUCUUCAAGAAGCCCUGACGAGCGUUGAUAAAUGCAUUUUAUCGUUUCACAACAGGCUUCCAUUGUCACGAGUUUACCAAUUUAGCGCGAUUAAUACAAUACUUGAUAAUGUAGGAGAGGCUAGAAAAGUUCAUGUAAUUGAUCUCCAGAUCAGGACCGGUAUUAAAUACAUGGUUAUGCUGCAAACUCUUGCUAGCAAAGAACGGCAUCUUGAGCAAUUCAAGAUAACUGCUGUUGGUACACGAGCAGAAUCAAAGAUAAAAGAUGCCGGCAAGCGUCUUGCUGAGUUUGCAAAGUCGAUAAACAUCCCGUUUAGUUUCAAGAUAGUUAUGGUAACAGAUAUGCUAGAUUUUAACAUUGAUCUCCUAGAACUCGAUGACGAGGAAAAGGUAGCUGUUUGUGCACCAUUCUUCUUAUCAACUCUUAUCUCAAAACCAAAUCAUUUAGAAUUCCUCAUGCGUGUGAUACGAAAGAUCAAUCCUUGUAUAACAGUAGUCACUGAAGUAGAAGCAAACCAUACAACACCAGCAUUUGCAAACCGUUUUACAGAAGCCCUUUUCUUCUAUGGUGCACUUUUCGACAGUAUGUCAUCUUGUUUAGCCAAUGACAAUCGUCUUAGAAAGGUUUCAGAGUCACUAUUUUAUGGGCAAACUAUACGUAAUAUCGUGGCAGCUGAAGGAGAUGAGAGAACUAUCAGACAUAUUGGUGUUAAUGUUUGGAGGUCAUUUUUUUCACGAUUUGGAAUGGCAGAGAUUGAACUUAGCGACGAGUUGGUUUUUGAAGCAAAGUUGUCUAUUAGUAGCUUUGAUUGUGGAAAGUCAUGUACGAUUCGUGUCGAUGGUGGAUGUUUGCUUAUUGAUUGGAAGGAUGUACCUGUUUUUUCUGUUUCUGCUUGGAAAUUUGCAUGA